CAACGCACGAAUAAAAUGUCAGACACGUGUAAAGCACAAAACAUCUCGUGGAACUUGAACAGAACACACGUUAUUGUUCAGACUUCCGCUGGAACGGAAGUAAGUAGGAAUGUACGUGAAGCCCUUGAACGCAGCACUUCACCAGCACUCAGGCUGAGAGCGAACGAGAUGCAGACCAUAAAGUGUGUGGUGGUGGGAGACGGUGCAGUGGGGAAGACCUGCCUGCUCAUCUCAUAUACGACUAACAAGUUUCCCUCUGAAUACGUGCCCACGGUUUUUGACAACUAUGCGGUGACAGUGAUGAUCGGCGGGGAACCGUACACUUUAGGCCUUUUUGACACUGCAGGUCAGGAGGACUAUGACAGACUGCGGCCGCUUAGCUACCCUCAGACAGACGUCUUCCUUGUUUGUUUCUCCGUUGUAUCUCCUUCUUCCUUUGAGAACGUCAGAGAAAAGUGGGUGCCAGAAAUCUCCCACCACUGUCCACGGACGCCCUUCCUGCUGGUGGGGACUCAGGUGGAUCUGAGAGACGACAGCAACACUUUGGAGAAGCUGGCAAAGAACAAGCAGCGAGCUCUGGCCUGUGAGAGCGGAGAGAAACUGGCUCGGGAGCUCAAAGCCGUCAAAUACGUGGAGUGCUCAGCCCUCACUCAGAGAGGUCUGAAGAACGUCUUUGAUGAGGCCAUCCUCGCAGCUCUGGAGCCUCCAGACACCAAGCCCAAAAAGCGCUGCGUCCUCCUAUAGACGCCACGAGAAGAAGAGGAAGUGAACAUGGAAGACAUGAAUGUUCACAUGAAGAGAGGGAUCUGGAGGGGGAGGGUGGGUGAGGACGACGUGUUAAAGCUGUGCCUUUAACCUCAGUGGCUUAACUUGAGGGUGACGUUGGAAUGAGCAGUGGCUUCAUUUUUACUGAUAGAUGCAUGUCGCCCCAAUCCGACUAACGCAUUUAAACACUCCUCUCUGAGCAGGAAACAGAGUCUUAAUAAUGGCAGGAAGCAGGCUGGGCGAUGGAAAGAGUUAACCGCAGAUGCCUUUAAGACCCGAACAAUAGCAGGAUUUACAUUUACAGUUGAAGCUGGAAAUCAUCUCCAGAAAUAAUUGAUCCCUUUUGUGAUAUAAAUCACUUUCUUUUUUCCAGAAUUUUCCACCUGGUUUUUCUGUGAGGAAAUUCCCCCUAAAAAAACGAUUCCUCCUCUUCAGACUCAAAUUCUCCGCACAACAGUGGCUUAUAGAUGAAAUCUUAACAUGGAUUAUGUGUUGAUGAUGAUAAAAACUGUAGGCUGAUGUUGGAAAAUAAAGUGAUGAUGGUAGAAAAACAAUAUGGCAUUGAUUAUUUUUGUUAGUAUUAUUGAAGACAAAUCAAGUCUCUGAGUGUUUAUGACUUAAGAAUUCAGAGUAAUAGUCUGACCACUCACGGCUGAAUAUUUAAAAACUGCAAAUUGAUGGUCAGAUUUGACCUAAAGUGCUGCAGAACAGAAUUUGAAUGUUUUCUCUCAGUUGUUAACCCUGAGGCUGCACUGUUUAACCGCACACAGAAUCGAUGAAGCACCUCAGCGUCCAAGCAUCACUCCCAAGUAUUUCUUCAGGAAUAAAAAAGGUUUUCUGUUCUGCUGUUUAAAAAAAAAAGCCUUAAAUAAAACUGCCUCCUGAAGCUGAUCGACUCUAAUUCUGAAUCCUCUCAGCAAACUGCCCAAACUUUGUUUUUAUUAAAUGUGUCAUUUAAGGACUUUUCACCUUUUGUGAAGAUGUGGCCAAACAGUUAACGGUUUGACACAAACUACUACUUCUUUUAGUUUUUUUUUUUAACUUUCUCUCUGCUCUCAUUGCGGGCUACUGCUGUCAGCGCCUUCUGAAGCCUUUUAGGAAACACCACCUAGUUUAAAACACGUUGUUGGUUUCUGAAGAUUAUAUAAAUGCUAGGAAACCUAAAAAGGUUAAAUGAAUCGGCAUGAAUUGCCUUUAAAAGGUUCAAUUUUGAAAACGAGAAUCCUUGUCCUCUAGUGAAAACUGAAGGAAUUUUUAGUUUUCAUUCUCCACCUUUACUGACUAUUUGCCUCUAAAUGUCCUGAGCUUCCAUUUUGACCUGCUGUUGCCAUUUUUUUCUUUCAAUGUAUAGAUGAAUAUAGGUAUUAUUUAGCAUGUAUAGAGUUUUCCUUUUGGUUGUUUCUUUGGGGAAAUUAUUCUUGCAGAAGUGUUGAAAUGUAAAAGUUUUUAUCUCCUUUAUAUUUUGCUUUCUCAACAGUUUAGUGCCAAAAGGGGAAGUUUUACCAGUUUGGUUUAAAAACUAAGAGAUCUUGAUAAGCUCUUUUUGGCAGACUUUAAAAAUAUAUUUUUAAAAGACAAUGUUGGAAAUGGUGGGUGUCUGGAAAUAAUAAAAAGAAAUGCAGUUCAA